UGACCAACCUCCAGUAAAACCCCAAAGGAAGAAUAAGUAGACGUUGGUGACGUCAACAGUCCACUGCGCCUGCGCGGAUUACCGGACAAGAUGGCGACCAGCAAUGGUGGAGGAAUGGAAGUGGAUGGGGCAGCCAGCCCCAGUGUUAUGGCCGCAGGAGUCACCGGGAGCGUUUCUGUGGCCUUACAUCCUCUGGUUAUCCUCAACAUAUCCGACCACUGGAUACGUAUCCGCUCACAAGAGGGACAACCAAUGCAGGUGAUCGGGGCCCUGAUAGGGAAGCAGGAGGGUAGAAACAUUGAGGUGAUGAACUCCUUUGAGUUGCUGUCUCAAACCAUAGAUGAACGAGUGCAUAUUGACAAGGAGUAUUACUACACCAAGGAAGAACAAUUCAAACAGGUUUUCAAAGAAAUGGAGUUCUUGGGUUGGUACACCACGGGCGGUCCUCCUGACCAGUCCGACAUCCACAUCCACAAGCAGGUGUGUGAGAUCAUUGAGAGCCCUCUCUUCCUCAAACUCAACCCGCUGACCAAACACACCGACCUGCCUGUUAGUGUUUAUGAAUCUGUGAUUGACAUCAUCAAUGGCGAGGCGACCAUGUUGUUUGCUGAGCUGACGUACACUCUGGCCACAGAGGAAGCGGAGAGAAUCGGUGUUGACCACGUAGCUCGAAUGACGGCCACCGGCACAGGAGAAAACUCCACAGUCGCUGAACACCUCAUAGCCCAGCACAGUGCGAUAAAGAUGCUCCAUAGUCGGGUGAGGAUCAUUCUCGAGUACGUCAAAGCCGUGGAAUCAGGAGAGGUGCCAUUCAACCAUGAGAUCCUUCGAGAAGCAAACGCCCUGUGUCAUAGACUGCCCGUCCUCAGCACCAUCAAAUUUAAAACUGACUUCUACGAUCAAUGUAAUGACGUGGGCCUCAUGGCCUACUUAGGAACCAUCACCAAGACCUGCAACAGUAUGAACCAGUUCAUCAACAAGUUCAACGUCCUGUACGACAGACAGGGCAUCGGCCGGAGGAUGAGAGGACUCUUCUUUUGAGCUGGCGCUCAGCUGAGCCAGAGACAAACAAGCACUGCAGUUUAAUUUCUCUGUUUUGUCUUUUUAUUUUCUUUUUGGUUUGUUUGUAUUUUGGUUAGCUAAGACAAAUUCAUAAACCAACAGUAGCUUUUCAAACCAGUUUACCAUUUUCAGUUACAACCACGAGUGUAUCCAAAAGCACUUAAUUACACCGAUCAGUAAGAGAUUUGUACAAAACUCUCGGGUCAACACAGAAAUGAAUCCACUGUACAUGAUCGUUAUAUUAUUUUACCCUGUUUGUUUUAUCGUUUCUGUUUGUAAUAAAUGAUCUGCUGAUUUUCUUCA